AGUGACGGUGUCACAGGGAUGUCCUCUGACGUAUCGGAUGCUCACGGGUCCAUUGUCAAUUGCCGUACAAGUUAAGGAGUGGAUGUCAGCAGGAAGUUAGUGAGCACUGGCUCAUCUGAGAACACAGAGGAAACCUCAUUUUGGGUGAAUGUGAGGGAGUUUUGGAGCGCUGUGGCCUGGAGACUUUUCAGUUCUUGAAAUGUCAAUGAAACGAGCAGACGGGAUGUCCAUUGCCCAAGCUUUGGCCAUGACUGUCGCAGAGAUCCCCGUCUUUCUCUACUCCACGUUUGGGCAGUCCAUAUUUUCUCAGCUGAAGCUUUCUCCAAGCCUGAAGAAGGUCCUGUUUGCCACAGCACUUGGAAGUGUUGCUCUAGCUCUCACUGCUCAUCAGCUGAAAAGACGAGGGAGAAAAAGGAAGCAGAAAACGCAAACAAAGGAAGGGCAGAGGAUAGUAGGAAUACCUGAGAUGCUCUUGAAGACAGGAAGACCUUCAUCAUUAAAGAAAGGUCCGUUCACCGGUCGACAGAUGAUGAGCCCCGGAUCUCGGAGCAAUGACACCAUGAGUGGAAUUUCCUCCCUGGCUCCCAGUAAACACUCAAGUUCCUCACACAGCCUGGCAUCUACGCGAGUCCCAAACUCCCCAAAUCAAUCUGUGAAUCCCUCCAUCCAGUGGGAGGCAGAGCCUGUGGUGGAAGAAUCAGGGGCGGUAGAAGAUGCCAAUGCAGAAAACUUAUAUUUAAUGGGAAUGGAGCUGUUUGAAGAAGCGCUGCAAAAGUGGGAGCAAGCCCUACAUAUUCGUCACCCGAGCCACCCAGCCUCCUCUAACAACAGCCUGGCUCUGCAGGGGGCAGCGUGCGGAGACGCACCCUUGGUUGAAACCCAUAAUAAAGCAUUUGCUGAGAAAUUGGAGACAUUAUUGCACCGGGCGUACCACCUCCAAGAAGAUUUUGGUAGCAGUAUCCCAACAGAGAGUCUGCUGGCAGACUUUGGUAAGAGAACGCUUAUCUUGCCUCAAGUGGAGAGUUUCUAUGCACUGCAAUAUGAAGAUGCAACUUCUUUUACCUCUGAUGACUCCUUUUUCUCAGCUGCAGAACUGCUUGAUAACAUGACUCUAGGGGAGGUCUAUCCACCACUGAAGCCAGCAGCUCUGUAUGAAGAAGCUUUGACUCUGGUCCAAGCAGACAAAGUCAACUAUAGGACCCUGAGGUUCUGCUGUUGGAUGAAACUCAUCGCACCUUUUUUAUGGAGACAGGGAAACAGAUGAUCGCAGGGCUGAUGGUCAAGGCAAACAAGAGUCCCAAAGCCUUCUUAGAGAGCUACGAAGACAUGCUGCUGUACACCCAGAGAGAGGAAACGUGGCCCAUCACUAAGAUGGAGCUGGAGGGUCGAGGGGUGGUGUGUAUGAACUUUUUUGACAUAGUGUUGGAUUUCAUUUUGAUGGACGCAUUUGAAGACCUAGAGAGUCCUCCUUCCUCUGUGGUAGCCGUGCUCAGGAACCGCUGGCUCUCCGACAGCUUUAAAGAGACAGCUCUGGCCACUGCUUGCUGGUCUGUGUUAAAAGCAAAAAGGCGUCUUCUUCUGGUUGCUGAUGGGUUUAUCUCCCACUUCUAUGCCAUAUCAGAGCACGUGAGCCCUGUUUUAGCUUUCGGGUUUUUAGGACCCAGGCAGCAUCUGAAUGAAGUUUGCACAAUUUUUAAGCAACAAAUCGUGCAGUACCUUAAGGAUAUGUUCGAUCAUGACAAGGUCCGAUUGACCACUGUUCAGUGCUUGGCUGAGGACGUCUUGAAGCUCUCUCACCGGAGAAGUGAAAUCUUACUGGGGUAUCUGGGAAUCGAUAGUUUUGUGGAACUUAAUGGUGCCAUGCCAAGAGAUAUGGGCUCCUGAGGGACCUGCAAGGUUCACGAAGGGCUUCAUUUAGCUGAUACGCAGGAGUGUGAAGAAAAUGCAACUCAAACCUUGAUCUCUGCUUACGUCAAGUCUUGACUGAACCUUCCUUCUGUGUUACACGGAGAAUCAGCAUUAUUCAUUCAUUCAUCUGUGCUCCUAAGCCUGCAGCUAGCAUCAGAUAUCUUUCACCACAUCAACAACGAUAGAAACUGGUUGGAUCGAGAAUUUCCACUUCCUCCUUGCGUUGCUGCUUUGUUGCAUAUCCAGAAUGUCUACUGUAAUCAUAU